GUCUGUCAGCACACACACCAGAGCUGUGUCGAGACAAGGACUCCACAGAAAUCGGUCGGGAAAACAAGUUGUGGUUGUGAAGUAUUUGUUUUGCUUGACCCCCAUUAUGGCUGACCAUCUUCUACAUUACAAUGACUCGGCUAGUGUUGGGAACCGAUUCGCCCGCAAAGGUGCUUUGCGGCAGAAAAACGUGUAUGAAGUGAAAAACCACAAAUUUACUGCGAGGUUUUUCAAGCAGCCGACGUUCUGCAGCCAUUGUAAAGACUUCAUAUGGGGAUUUGGAAAACAAGGAUUUCAAUGCCAAGUGUGCUGUUUUGUGGUCCACAAACGGUGCCAUGAGUUCGUCACCUUCUCCUGUCCUGGAGCAGACAAGGGUCCCGACACAGACGACCCCAGAAGCAAGCACAAAUUCAAGAUUCACACAUACGGCAGUCCCACAUUCUGUGACCACUGUGGCUCGCUGCUAUACGGGCUCAUCCACCAAGGGAUGAAAUGUGACACCUGCGACAUGAACGUACACAAUCAGUGUGUGGUCAAUGUGCCGAGCCUGUGUGGGACGGACCACACGGAGCGCCGGGGUCGCCUCUUCCUCAAGAUCGAGGUCAGCAUGGACAGGCUACACGUCACAGUGGGCGAAGCCAGGAACCUGAUUCCUAUGGAUCCGAAUGGUUUAUCGGACCCUUAUGUUAAACUCAAGCUCAUCCCCGACCCAAAGAACGAGACCAAACAAAAGACCAGGACCAUCCGCUCCUCUCUCAACCCCUGCUGGAACGAGUCCUUCAGCUUUAAGCUGAAAGCAUCAGAUAAGGACCGACGUCUCUCCAUUGAGGUUUGGGAUUGGGACAGAACCACCAGGAACGACUUCAUGGGCUCCAUGUCGUUUGGCGUGUCCGAGCUCAUCAAAGCUCAAAACUGUGGAUGGUACAAGUUGCUGAACCAGGAGGAGGGAGAGUAUUACAACGUUCCCAUCCCCGAGAUGGACGACGUAAACCUGGAGCUCCUACAGAAGUUUGAGGCCUGCCAGUUAAAUAUCCACUAUCUCAAGAAAGCCAAGCUGGGCCACGGUAAGAAAGUGAUCACGCCGUCAGACCACCGGAGGUUCAGCCUGCCUUCGAGUAACAUGGACCGCAUCCGACUGAGUGACUUCAACUUCCUGGCCCUGCUGGGGAAGGGCAGCUUCGGCAAGGUGAUGCUGGCAGAGAUGAAGUCGACGGAGGAGCUGUACGCCAUCAAGAUCCUGAAGAAAGACGUGGUGAUUCAGGAUGAUGACGUUGAAUGUACGAUGGUGGAGAAGAGGGUCCUGGCCCAGAGGGACAAACCCCCCUUCCUCACGCUGCUCCACUCCUGCUUCCAGACUGUGGAUCGGCUGUACUUUGUGAUGGAGUACAUCAACGGAGGAGACCUUAUGUAUCAUAUCCAACGUAUGGGCAAAUUCAAGGAGCCACAGGCAGUGUUUUAUGCUGCAGAGAUUGCUGUGGGUUUGUUUUUCUUGCACCGAAAGGGAAUCAUCUACAGGGAUCUGAAGCUCGACAACGUCAUGCUGGACUCCGAGGGCCACAUCAAAAUCGCUGACUUCGGCAUGUGUAAGGAGAACAUGUAUAAUAGCAUGACCACACGCACCUUCUGCGGCACCCCGGACUACAUCGCACCGGAGAUUAUAGCAUACCAGCCUUAUGCAAAAUCAGUGGACUGGUGGGCUUAUGGAGUUCUUCUGUAUGAGAUGCUGGCAGGACAGCCGCCGUUUGAUGGAGAGGACGAAGACGAGCUCUUCCAGUCCAUCAUGGAGCACAACGUGUCCUACCCCAAGUCCAUGUCUAAAGAAGCUGUGUCCAUCUGCAAGGGACUGAUGACCAAGCACCCGUCAAAGCGUCUGGGCGGUGGUCCCGAGGGGGAGAGGGACAUCAGGGAGCAGGCCUUCUUCAGACGCAUCGACUGGGACCGCCUGGCAAACAGAGAGAUCCAGCCGCCAUUCAAACCCAAAGUGGGCGGCAAAGGAGCAGAAAACUUCGACAAGUUUUUCACACGCACACAGCCCAUGCUGACCCCUCCCGACCAGCUGGUCAUCGCCAACAUCGACCAGAGCGAGUUCGCAGGCUUCUCCUUUAUUAACCCUCAGUUCAUCCAUCCAUCGCUGCACAGCGUGGUAUGAGGAGAGAGCGGAAAGACAACACGAAAGCAUGGACUGUCGCUGACUACAGGAUCCUUCCAAACUCUACAAAAACAAUCCCGCCGUCAAAAGACUCUCAUUAUCCUCUACAGUGUUCUGUCUGCUGGUUAUCAAUAUGUGUGAAGAAGUGACUGAGAGCGGAGCAAAGUGUUGAAGAAAAAGAGCACUGAUAUUUUCUUUCCCUUAACAUCUCAUAUAAUAUGUUCUUAAAUCAAAUCUCUAUCUGUGUUUAUCCGAACCUGCAGCCUUUUAUUCUUGUGUAUGAAUGUGUGUAUACGAGUUACUCGGUUCCUUUCUUAUGUUCCCCGUCUUAACUACGCAACAAGCUGCAAUGCACGACAAGAACGGAACACAUUUUUCUGCUCUGUCCCGGCUUUAUCUACUUCUGAACCGCUACACGUGUAUUUUAUAUUUAUAUACUUAAAAAAAAGAGGUAUUAGCCUAUACUGUUACAUGAGUGCCAAAGGAAAGGUGGGAAGUAAUCAUUUCUAUUGCAGUUCUUGAAGUCAUCAUGAUGUUUUCCCCCUCCAGUCCCCACGCACUAAAACCCCUAAACAGGGCAUGUUCCUUUUUGUUGUUUUGUACGACGUGGAGCUAUAGCUAUAACUUAACAUAGAUAACCAGGAACACAUUCUGCUUAUGCUUACAGUUGCAAGCUGUCUAGGCCUUUUUAAUGCAGUUCAGUAGGGUCAGAAAACUGUGGAUCAAAGAGACAAUGUUUUAAAGUAUAAAGAUGCUAUUUCUAUAUGCACAAAGCAGAUCUCUGUUGCAUGCUUACUUUUCUGACUCUGUGUGAGCAGUAGACUAGGAUGCAGUACACGUCUGGUAUCAUUGUAAAGUUUAGUAUUAUGCUAUAAACUAUGUUAAUAUAUACUUGUUGUAUGUUUUAAAAAGUCUUAUUCUGGUUUGUAAUUGUUAAUCAGAAACAAGGUUUUCUUCCCGUUUUAUGUCAAGAGAAAAACCCCUCUAUUCUAUUGUAUGUCAACCUUUUUUUUGUUUUGUAAAUAUGUUUCAAAAAGAGAAGUUACUUGCAGAUUUUAUACUACGAACUGAAUGUGCUUUUACUACCAUAGACAAGUUUGAACAUUUCUAUGUUUAGAGUACCCCUAAGAAGAGUAUAUCUAUAAUGUUUGGCUGAAUCUUUGGUAGCUUCGGUAUCAGCAAACCUUGUAUUUCCACUAUUUAUCCAUCGUUUUCUACUACUCAGUGUCAUGGCGAAUAUGCAGCACCUACUGUGCGUGAAACAGUUGAAUGCCCUCUUGCCUUGGUCGUCUCAGGGCCGACUCCUUCUGUAACAAAUUUAAAACAGAGCAACGGUACGAGGAUUUCAGAGCCCUCUGUGGCUGAAACAUGUCUUCUCUAACUUGUAUAAAUUGUGUGCAUGCGUGAGGCGAGAUCUAAGCAUGAGAAAGACCCCUGCAUGGAGCAUGGAGUUUCCCCACCUUGUUGCACAGAAUAAGACAAACCAACAAGCAUUGUGCUCUUCUCUUUUCCUCCCACCCAGUGUCAUGAAGUCUGACAAAACAAGACUAAUAUGUGUAAAUGCUUCUGUUGGCUUUUUGUUUACUGGUGCCAACCCUGAGUCCUUUUGUUCCCGGACAUUUUUAUUAGGCUAGGCACACAAUGAUACAAGUAAUGUUUCAUAAAACUGCCAAAUUGACUCUUAACCCCUAAAUUAGUUGCUGAACAUGUAGACUGAUGUCGCAGCUGUCACAUCCGGACCGAAAUGUAAGGUUAAGAGAAAACUGAAUGUUUACAUGUCUCACAUUGAGAAUCUUUAUCGGAGCAGAGGAAAACACAAACAAACGUUGGACCCACGGCAGAGAUAAUCACACGUCAGGGUACAGUACCACUACAGUUAGAGCCACAGGGAACUUUCUAUGUGUUUCCUUCCACUGCCCCUGCUUUUGUUAACCUGAUUCUUUGUUCCUCUGUGUGUGGUAUGAUGGAUACUGUGUAUUAAUAAAGUAUGAA